AUGUUUGACAAAAUAAACGAACAAUCACAAGAACAACAAGAACAACAAGUUGAAGAAUUAAAUAAUAUUAGUCAAUUAACACUUAAAGUUGAUGAUAUUAAAAUCAGUAGCUCCAACAACGAUUCUAAAAUGACUACAGUUGAUUCUUCAAAUACCACUACCAAUACUGCCCUCGUUUUAACAAACAAUGAAACAACUGGAAAUGUUAUCAAAGAAUUUUAUGAUAAUUUACCAAAAGAUAAGAAAGAAAGAAAAACUUAUUUAAAGAAUUUCAAACGUUCAAUAAAACAAGAAAAAUCCAAACUAAAAGAAAUUAAGAAAUCAAUGAAAUAUGAUACAAAAACAUCAAAAGUCGAAAAGAAAUGUGAAAAGAAAUGUGCAAAGAAAGCUAAAUAUGGUCGUCAUCAUGGCCACAUUGCCCCAACCACCAAUUACUCUAAUGAUGAUUAUAAACAAAGAAAACUUCAAUACAAACACCAAUCAUUACAAAAGAAAAGAGUCAUUUUAUUAACAAAGCUUCAACGUAUUGAUUCAAAACUUCAAUUCUUUAACUCUACCCCAGUUCCAGCCCAAACCUAUCCAUACUAUCAACAAGCUGCUCCACAACCAUAUUAUCCACAACAUAUUCAUUCUACCAUUAAAUACCCAUCGCCAUUAUAUUUUAUCAAUAGGCAUUACAAUUAUAUAUUUUUUUUUAUUCUAAACUUUAUUUUUUUCUAA